UCAGCACUGGUUCAAUACAAUAUUCAAUACAGAGUCCUACUAAGAAGCUUUUUGCGGGCUUUUUGUACUAAGUCUUUGAAAUAUAAGUAUAUAUUUUACACUCAGAGCAUUUCUCAGUUCAGACCAGCUAGGUUUCAAGCACUCACUAGCCACAUGUGGUUGGUGGAAACCAAAGCGGGUGGCGUGGCUCAGGUCUGGCACACCAUGGCCCAGAUCCAUCUGCCCCUGCUUUUGCACAGCCCUGUGAGCCGAGAGUGGGCUUCCCAGGUGGCGCUAGUGGUAAAGAACCCACCGUGGCCCAAGGAGCCUGGUGGGCCACAGCCCACAGGGUCUAGUAGCGGCUGUGAGCUGAGAGUGGAUUUUAUAUCUGAAGAGGAGAGAGAAUCAAAGCCAGAAUAUUCUGUGAUACGUGAAAAUUACGUGAAAUUCAAAUCUCCGUGUCCAUAAGUAACAUUUGCCUGGAAUGCAACCCCACCUCUUCAUCUACAAAGCAUCGGCUAACUGCUUUUCAUGGCUGAGUAGAGCGCUGACAAAGGCGGUCUGACCCACACAGCCCAAAGCAUAUACUCUCCAGCCUUUUACAGAAAAAGUUCGCCAGCACGCCCUCCAGGAGCACAGAUGGAGCCCAGCUCCUGGCCCCUCACUCGCCUCCUGGCCCGUUUCCAGGUCCCUCCUAGUGGCUAACCUCUCGGCUGGUCACCCUGAUUUUGUUGGUGUUUGGUAGUAGUUUAAUAGAGUGGAUUUACUUCAUUUCACAGGACAGUUUCUGUGUUUUUCUUUUAAAUCUUUCAUUGUGAAGUCCUAAGCCAAGAGUCCCAAAGGAAAGGCCUCAAAGAGAGCUCCCAGACCAUGUAGCCCUCAACUGACUUUGACAGCCACCAAUCUGGCCAUGGUUUGUCAGACGGGGGAGCAUCUCUAAGGAAGGAUCUUCAGUGACCUGGGCCAGUGGCCUGUUUUCCAGCCACGCGUUACAAACAGUGGCCCCCAAAUAAAUCCAGUCCUUCUGCGCUGGGCACCAUUAUCAUGCCCCAUCCCUUCUCAAAGCCACUAACUCUGAGUUCCUGGUAAGGAGAUCCAUCUGAUGAAAAGGUCUGAAGGUGAGAAGUGUCCUGCUGCAGACACCCCACUCUGCCAGCCGCCCUGAGGACACCCUUUCACUGUGCUGACACUCAGGUACAGAAUCCCGCAGUUAACAAAACAAAGCAGUAGCCAAGGAGAUGCCCUGGCCAGACUUUACUCUCUCCCCCAGAGGGAGGCAAGCAGAACAGGUGGAUGGAAGGAAGCCGUGCUCCCUGCACUUAGGCUUACAGAGUGAUUGGCUAGAGCGGCUAGGACGCCUGCAAGGGACUACUGUCCAGACAGGUCAGAAGACGAACCCUCUUCUUCGUCCUCAGAGCCAACCUUAGUCAUGUGGCAUCCAGGACCUCUGCAAGCCUCAGUGUUCUCAUCUGGAAAGAGGGCGCAUGAACAGUCAUCACAUAUAGGGAGAAAAGAUAUCAGACAGUGCCUGCCACAUAAUGGGUGCUCAGCAAAUAGAGGUUCCCCCUUCUUAUCUUUCCCUAACUCUCCAGCAGGAAGCAAUUCUCGGUGAAGGAACAAAAUGGUGCUGGGCCCCAAGACAGAGUACAGCAGGGGGCCCAUUUACAUAAGGGCUCAGAACGGUGCAGGCCACAGAGCAAAGGCUUUCCGUGUGCACCAGCAUUAUUAUUCUGUUAUUGUUAUACAUGUGAUUAUUAAGCCUUGGGAAAGUACCAACUUCCUGAAGACAUGUAUGGAAACAACUCUUAAAGAAGGCUGAGCACUGGAAAACAAAACUUGGACAAGCUGUUCAGCACAACCACAUCUCGAGAGCAGAAGGAUCAGGGGAGCUGCCUCACAUUAUGUGCAGAGAUGUGAACUUCAAACACCCAGAAGUGGAAACUGGCCUGAAGGACCCAUUCCGCAUUGCCCUCCUUUACCAGCUUCUCAGUGUUUCUAACUAGUACAGAUGAAGAACAGAGCAGAUCUGUCCCCAGAUUUAGUUAGUGGCACCGCGCACGUCCAGACAGGAGUGAGGCCAUUUUCACCCGUGCUGCCAGGCAGCUCCCACGAUGCUCCAGAGGUUCUGUGGGGAGCCGGAGGCAGUGAAGUCACCGCAAGGAGUGUUCGCCAGAGCACGCCGCCUGAGGACAGCUUUAUUUAUGCUCUUGCAGAGUGUACAACCAGGCCUUGUUUUUCUGGAUGACCAGGGAGCCGGCUCACAUAGCGUUCGUGAUUCUACAUUUAGAAUUGUGUCUUCAUUCACAUUCUUUCCACGCAGCUCACAGCUCCUGGACUGGGAGAGAGUGGUCACUUUGCCUGGGCCCGUCCCCCCGGAAAGAUGCCAGCUGUGGCUCAUGCAGACCCUGAGCUCUUGGUGGAGCUUGGACUAAGUCGUCUGGCUGUGUUUUAUGCCUGGGGUGGUCCACACCAGUGCCCCACCAGGAGUGAGCCAGACAUGGGGUCUCUGGGACAGGGCAGCUGGAGGCACAUUCUGGGGGAAAUCAGAUGCUACAGUGGUCAGCUGUGGUCAGCCUAGCUGGAUGGGGUCCCAGGCCAAACUCUGAGAGCUCCUGCUCCCAGGACAGGCUUUUGCCGGGUCAACUGCGUUUUAUUGUUCUCUCUCGACCCCUCCUGCUGACGUCAUUGACAGAGCUGCCAGCCACUGCCCUGCCCCCAAAUGUUUCCUGAACCAUCCUUACAGUUCUCUUUUCCCAACCAGCCACUUCAAGCAAACACCAUCAGCACCUGCCACACAGCAAAGCUCACCACUUCUAGGAUCCUAAACCAGACAUGAGGUCAUGUUCUCCAUCUGUGAAGAAUUAAAAAUGGAUAACAAUGUCAGCAAAUGUCAGUGUGAAAAGAAGUUUUAAAACUACAGAUCCUAAAACCCAACAAGGCAGGCACCUGCAGCCCCCACUCCUGUAACAGAGAAAAAGAAAUUUCCACUUUGCAAUUGCAUCUGAUCAUCAGGAAGCUCUAGUUUUGUGGGAAGAGAGCUGCAUCUGACCCUUCUGAAAUCACACCCAGAGGUGCCAGCUGGCUGACGGGGACAGGCUUCCUGGCUGGCGGACGAUGCAGGGGAGUAAGAAGUGCGCGGAUGGCUUCAGCGACUCCUCAAGCAUUGGCAGUGUGCUGGAUGACGCAGACAAGGAGGUGAGCAGCCUCACGGACCGCGCGUUCCGGAGCUUGUGCAUCUCAGAGGACGCGUCCUUCCAUGGCUCCGACCUGGCCCUGUCCCCGGAUACCACCCGCCAGGUGUUUGGAAAUUUUCACCAGGGAAUGGUGAGCCACACACACAGGAAAAGCGGCGUCUGGAGUCAGUUACCAUCCCAAGGCACUGAGCAUGCAGGCUGGGCAGCCACAUUCCAACAGCUGCCCAAGUAUGUUCAAGGGGAGGAGAAGUACCCCAAAGGCAGCUCCCCACUGACACCAGCCCAGAGGCGACUGGAAGUGCCAGUUUCUGGCCUGAGGAGCAGCAACAAGCCUGUUUCCAAAGUGUCAUCUCUGAUCAAAUCUUUCGACAGGACCGAGAGCCAGCGCUGUGACAGCCGGCCUCCUGCCAGCAAGCCCCCAGCUCUCAAAGAUCCCCCCAAAUUUGCUCCUCUUCCGGAAAGUGGCGUCAACUUCUGCUUCGAUUCUGCCUUUUUGACCGUCAGGAGGGUGCCUGCCGAAGUCUCCAGCACCCAUCAGACUAGCCACCAGCCUGGCCGGAAGCACGGAGAGCAGGAAGCCCCUAAGAAUCCUGAAAUGGCCAGUCACGGCCCCAGCAGCUUCCUCCCAACACCUGAACAUGCAGCCAGUUCAUUUGAGCCAAAGUUCCCCUCUCCUGCCCACAAGGCAGCCACCAGUGAGCCUGGAAGGGGCCAGGAGUGGGCUCGCAAAGGGACCUUUCUCCAUAGUGAGAACAGUGCUUUUGAGUCAUGGAAUGCCCACCAGCCGAGGCUACCUGAGAGAAAGGAUGCUGCUGACGCUGUCCCAGAAAGCAAGGCUCUCAAGCAUUAUGAGGACACGCCCUUGUUAAGAGAGCCCCCGGCCCCUGAGCACAAAACCUCCCCCUGCCGUGUCCGGGCCAACUGCAGUCAGGAAGAGAACAAGAUGGCUGCAGGGACUCUCUCCACAUCUGGAACCUGGGUGUCGAGGGAUUUGGGACCCCAGAUAUUUGCUAUGGAAGAAAACACUUCCAGCUCACAGGCUGACCCUCCUCCACUGAAACCGACCCACGCCCCCUGGAGGAAACCAAAGUCUGGCAAUGGAGGGAAAGACAGUCUGCAAGAUGCUUCAAAAGAGAAGAAACAGACCAACUGGAGAGGCCCAGCCUUGUAUACAAAGCACAACCCCCAGGCGCAGUUUCCAGAAAAGGAUGCUCUUGAUAUGCCUGUGGAGCCGCACGAGCCUUACAAUCCUCCUUUCAACAUCAGUAAGCUUCUGACCCCUGUCAUACCCACCAAACAGGUCCUGGAAUCAUCUGAGAGCCAGCCAGUGGAGAGAACCCCUUCACCCCCAGGACAGCUAAAUGGAUACCAAGAGAAGGAGCCCAGCGAAUGUCAGUCCCGGGACAGCUACAAAUCUAAAGCCCCCAGCCUGCUGUUCAACCUCAAAGAUGUGCGGAAGCAUGUCAAGAGCACGUACAGCCCCUCGCCUCUCAUGAAAGGCCUGGAUGAGAAAACCAGGGGCAAGCAAGAAUCCCUGAGCAAUGGCGGACUCCUUCCCAAUGGGCUCGAGGAAAACCCUCCAGAUGAGUUCUCUAAGGAGACACCAGAUGACGGCCCUUCUGUGCCACUCGCCAGUACCCAGAAGGACCCCAAAGCUGACCCUGACGCAGCCUCUGCAGACAACUACCUAACUCCCACCUCACCAUCAACUAUCACCAAAGCCCCCUUCUGUGUCAAUGGCGAGGCUGCCGACAGGAACAGCUAUGAGAAGGACGAUACCAAUGGAGAAUCCGAGUUGGGUGAUGCCAGGCCCAGCUGGCGUUCGGACUCCAGGCAACGCCGCCACAGGAGACAUCUGUCCCUGAAGCUUUGCAGAGAAGACCCUGAGGCAGGGAAGGCUGCAGAGACCCCAAAGACCUCUGGCCUAGAGAAUGGAUUCUUGAGAUCCAUCUCUCAAGAGACAGAACCCGAGAGAGAGGCAGGACUUCAGAAUCCAAACUUCAACCCGAAAUUCUCCCCAGGGCCCCUUUCUCCCGAGGAGGAAGAUGUGUUUUACAGCGACAGCCAAUCUGAUUUUACGCCAGGCCUCAAAAGUAAGGCCAAGUUCAGCACCAGCUCUUCAGAUCAGUCCUUUGCCUCGUUUGAGGAUCAGCAGAAGUCGUGGUUCACUGAGACCCAGCAGGAAGACGGCAGGAACGGCAAGAGUGCAGGUAACGGUGGGAAGGAUGAGCAGGAGAAAGUGAUGGAGGAAGAUGAGCUAGAGAAUGGGAGUGCGUGCGUGGAGGAGCACAGCAAGUGGGAAUCCUCGCCAGAAGAAGAGGGUUUGCCAGGAGGGAGCCCCGGGAAGGCGCCAAGGGAGGAGGCUGAUUUCAGAGGCACUGGGACAGGGGGGAGAAAGCCAGGCACAGCUCUGUCACAUGCCAAAGGUCCUGCCCCUUCACCAGCUUCCACUUCAAACAAGCACAUACUCUUCGCAAUUAAAGACAACACCCUGAGGGCCACCCCCGUGAUCAAACCCAUCAUGCUGCCCCUCCUGAGGUCCAUGUCCUCGGAGUCCCCACUGGGCAGUGGCCACAAAGAAGAAGAACCGCCAAGGCCAGGCUGGAGCGGGGAUGCUGGUCUCUGUGCCCCUGAGAGCCAGGAAAUGCCCAGCACACUGACACCCACCAGUGCCCGGGGCACACACGUGAAGGGGGUGGCCUGUGAGGGGCUGGAGGACCACGAGUGGGUACCCAGCGCCGCCAGGUCGGAGACCUCCCAGGCAGCCCCAAAGUGGUAUGUUCCAUCUUCUCCAUUCACAGGAGAGGGCCAGGGGCUGAAGCCACCCCAAAAGGCCACACAGAAAGUUACGGUGAACAAUGGCAAGAGUGGUUCAACAGACCCGGUGAAGCUGGAUGCUCCAAGGUGCAUCCCUACCAUAACUCUGCCGGAAGAUGACCCAGAAGACCAGCUACCGCCACAGCAGCUGGGAACCUUUUGGGAAGAGCAGGUGCAAGGCUUCAAUAGUCACUUUUUGUCUACCCCCAGAGCAGGGCCCCCAGGGAGAAGAUGGGUCACGGGUGAGCUGGCGGCUUCCCCCAAUGCCAGCUCCCUGGAGGAGAGUAGUGCAUGCUCCCCGGCUGCCAGCAGCUUUUGGGACGAUGCUUCCCAGGCCCCCAGUGAGCCUGGCCUGCUGCCAGGGGAGCCUCCACGCAGCAGCCCCUGGGCCAGCCCCAGCCCUGGCAGGGUGGCCCGGAGGGAAGAGUUGACCCAUGCCCUCGCGUGGGAGCCUGGCUCCGACCCUCAGCUGGAGCCAUCGGCCGAAGACCUCAGGACGCUUUCUCCGAGAGGCUCACUGCUGGACGUGGCCGCCAGCUCAGCCGGCCUCCUGGAGAAGCCAGAGCCUCCUGCUCAGCUGGAGAGGGCGGCCGGCAAGCCACCCGCAGUCCCGCCCAAAACAGAGAAGGCCCUGCGGCGGGCAAAGAAGCUGGCAAGCAAGAGGAGAAAGAUCGACCAGCCACAGGAAAAGCAUGGGGAACGCCGCGAAGAAAAGCUGAACCCUGAGGACUCGGAGCGGAGGCCACUGUCUCCCGGAGAGAGGCCCCGGCCCAGGCUCCCCGUGGUCCGCGCCCUGCCCCCUCCCGCGCACCGCCACUCCGUGGCAGCCCUUUCAGAGCCAGUCCAGAGGAGGCCCGGGGGGCCCCAGGCCCUGACACCCCAGCCCCCUUACCCUGCCACCCAGAAGGUCCUCCAGGACCCCCAGUCUGGAGAGUACUUUGUCUUCGAUCUGCCGCUCCAGGUGAAAAUCAAGACCUUCUAUGACCCGGAGACAGGCAAAUACGUCAAGGUCUCCAUCCCAUCCUCUGAGCGGGGGUCCCCUGAGCCAACCCCGCCGGACGCCCUUGCUGCUCCCUACGUGCUCUACCCCGGCUUCCGGCCCCUGCCCGUGACGGCUCUGAUGCCCCUGCGCUGCUCCUCCCAGCUCUCUGCCCCCACCUUCCUAAGGCAGCGCCCUCACACCACCGAGGCAGCCGGCCUCAGGCCCCAGAGCGUCCACGAUGUGGGCCUGCAGCUGCCCUCUGAGGCUCCCAGCAACCCCACCCAGCCCUCUGCAGGCCAGCGCCCCGAGGGGCCUCCCCAGAGUGCAGGGCAGGAGAGGGGAGAGGCUCCAAGCCUGGGCAUCAUCUCCACCAAUGACCUAGAGGACUUUGCCACAGAAGGCAUUUCUUGAGAAUCAUAGUGGACAAACCUGCCCCCGGCCCCGCAACAAAACCAGAAAAGCUACUUCCCUCUCUCCCCGAACAACCACACACACACAUACACAUACACACAUCAACUCAUACUCAGCUGUUUGAGAUCCCUAAAAUUUGUGAGGAAGCCGGGAUCCUGAGCAAACCCAACCUGAGGGGCUCACCUCCCUGGGAGGGCGCUGCUCUGCUCACAUAAGUAGAGUCCCUUCAGAGCUCCUGGAUCUCAGACUCCUCUUCCUUUCUCCUUCCCUCCCUGCCUCCCUGUCCUUCUCCCCUGACCCUGGCACCCAUGUGUGUCCAGCCUGAUUCCUAACAAGCCUUCCCUUCAGCAUCCCACCCACUCCUCCUCAAGGGCCGACUCACAGCCUGAGCACAACUAAGGCCCCCAGAAACCCUGUACCCCGCUGAGCCCUGGCUGGCAAGCACAUGGCCCAGCACAUCCCCUUCUAGGUCGGGUCAUACAGGGGCCACCCCACCUUCGCUCAGACCCAGCAGCCCUUCCGGCUCACCCUAGUGGGGAAACAGCUGAGGAGCAACCCAAGGCCAUCUUGCAGAAAUAUUUAUUUGAAUAGAAUGGGUUUUCCUUACUGAAGAAACUUUCCUCUGAAGGCUAUUUUCUGAUCAUCUUGUAAAAAGUGAAACAAGUUUGCAGAUGA